UUAGCACGACUAACAUCGGCGAUAGCAAAAGCAUUUAGUAUCCGAUUGGAUUGCGAGCAAACUGACUGACUAAGUAGGAGUAACUAUAGACGUUGCGGGAAAAUAGGUACAUUCGUAACCGCAAAACUCGAUCAUUCAAAGAUUUCCAUGUAAAGAAAAGAAGAAAAAUUAUUAAAAAAAUAUACUUGUAAGGUAAAUAGAAACUCCAUGUCGAAUAGUACAAGAAAAUCGAUGAAAUCGAAAUUGUGGCGAUACAAUACAUUGAACUGAAUGAAAAAAAAAACAAAAACAAAAAACAUUAUAAAUGAAGUGAGGUAUCCGCUGAGGCGGCAGUGUGUUCAACUGGUGAUGCGAGUGAACGAAUUACGUGCCGUACAGUAGCAGCGACAACAGCAAUAACUACAACAACGACGACAACAACAACAACAAGAUCAAUAAAAGCUAGUAGAAACUAAUAGAAAAGCAAAACACCAUCCAACAAAUGAACUCAAAUCAACUCAGCUCGCCAAAGCCUCGGUUCGUCGCGCAGCCACAACUCACUUUCUGUUCAUUCGAAUUGUGUUGUGAUCGAAUUUAAUUUUUGAUUCAAUUCCAUGAAUGAAUAAUCGGUGGAGUAAAUGACUGCCGAACUGAAUUGAACAAUUUACAACAAUACAAACACACAUACAUACCAUAUUUAAAAUUGUAUACUUUCAUCGGACCAACAACUAGCCGCAGCCGCAUCAGAAACACAAACAGCACCACCAUCACCAGCAGCACCAGCAGCAACAGUCACAGUUCACUGUUAAGUUAACGCCGAUAGUUGCAGCAGUUGGCAUUCGACAGCUGUAGAGACGGUUGCUAUAUGAACAACACCACUCACUGUCUAUCUAUCACAGAUCAUUCAGUUUCGGUAUUUUCGGUAUACCAGCAUUCCGAUUGUGCUGUCGUCAUUGCAAUCAACCAACCCUUCAGGCAGCUGCGUCAUAUGCCGCGUCGUCAUGGCAUUUGUGUCGGGCCUUAACAGGAACCAAAAUUAAGAUUUGGUGGUGGUUGUGGUGAUGAUGCCGAAUAUUUAAGUGCAGUGCUACUGGAGUUUGUGCGCGUGAAUUUGACUACACUUUCGCUUUUGUUGCAUGCAGCAUGCAGUUUGUGUGCGUAGUACGUGCAUAAGAAAAGGCAGAUAAAAGUGUUAAGUGUGAAAUAAUUGAAAAAUAAGUUUAAUUUGAUAAAGAAAACUAAAUUUACAGUGCUAUCUAAUCGUAGACUCGCGAGCGUAUGUAUGUGUGUGUAUGCGCGUACUCGAAAAUCACCAAGUGCACCAACAUUCUAAGUGGAUUUUUUUUUUAUUUGUAUUUUAUUGUCAGUGCCUAUCUACUGUCUUUUGUUUUGUUUUGUGUUCUUGUUAGACCGCAGCGAUGCGUAUUUUAAGCACCGAAUUACGUUUACGCGUUAAAAAUCGCAAGCCGCGUCCAUUCAUGCGUGCGGCGAGUGCUGACGCCACCGUCGGUGACAGUCGCUGCAGUGUAAAUCAAGCCUUCGACGAUGCAGAUGGCGGUGGUGCGGGUGGUUCGUUUAGCAGAGACAGUGCCAUCAGUUCUCCAUCCACACCUAAUUCCUCACUUUCUUCACAAUCGAAUCUUGUUUGUGGAGGUGGUACACCAUCGCCAAAUACACCCUCUCCUGCCACACCCACUUCUCAACAAUCCGCCAAUACACCGCUGAGCGGCAAUAGUGCGAUAUAUCAAACCCCUGGCAGCGGAUUUGGUGUCUCACCAUCUGGACAUAAGAACAGUUUGAAGGGUACGAAGUUAGCGCGUAGAGCGCGCUCUUUUAAGGACGAUCUAAUCGAGAAAAUCUCCAUGAUUCGCACACCCAACAACACUUUGGGAAGAUCCCAUUCCCCACAUAGUCCGCGCAGCAAGCCCAUGAAACCCCCACCGACCGCCGAAGAGGUAGCCAAGUCUGCCAGUUCGCUGGAAAUGCAUGUCAAGGAUAUUUCGAAUGCUCUAAAGCACUUCUGCGAUGUUAUACUCAAGUCAAAGCUCGAGGUUCUGCCGGGCAAUGCAACCGUUAUACUUGAGACCAUCGCCAGCAUGUACACUGUUAUACAGUCCUACGCAUUGGACAAACAUAGCACCGUCCUCUUGUCGGCAACACAACAAGUGUAUCAGUCGCUUGGUAAAUUGGUGAAGCUCUGCGACGAGGUAAUGCUUAUCUAUGCAGCGCGCCGAAGCGAUGACGAAGGCGGGGAAGAUCAGGCGCAAGAUGAGCAUCAACAACUUAAGGCAUUGCUCAGUGAAGAAAAUGUGAAGGAGAUUGUUGAUUUGCUGGGUGAUGCGGUGCGAAAUUUGGCGACAUUGGCGCAGCAAAAACUGAAAGAGCGCGAGGAGAAUGCUUUCAAGUAUGCACCAAGCAAUGCGGACGCAGCUGCAACGGCCAACAACGCUGCCGUGUCACACAAUAACCUAAUGCGACUGCCGGUGGAAGUUGCUGGUCAACGUACAUCGCUGCCGGACAUAACGCUAACACCGAAAGAACGUGAUAUUUUGGAGAAAACCAACUCAAAUCCCAUACGCGCUUCUCACAGUACAGAGAGUAUUCUGCGCGAUACGAGUCCACCACCUAAACCGCCGCUACCAAAUAGACCACCACCGCUGCCGCCCAAACGUCGUAGUCAACAGCAACAACAACAGAAUUCACAUAAUAAGAGCAUCAACUCGGACUUGGAUUGGAGUUCUGACAUUUCGCUUGGAAACUAUGGUGUUGAUUACAAUCUUUCGGUGCGUUCACAUUCACCGGACGAAAAUUCUAGUCAAUGUUCGCUCGAUUCGGAAUUGAAUCAUUCACGCGAGGAGGAGGAGCUGAAGUCAUUGGUGUUAGCCAAUCGUCUGAACGAGUUCAAACCACUUAUAAGCGGUGGCAAACGUGCUGCGUUGAACAAUAAAGUAGCUGGCAACAAAACAGUUGGCACUAUUGGUGGUGGCGGCGUUAGUAGCGAGCCCACCAACACACAAGCACAAAGCGUUGUCCUCGAAGAUUCCAAACGUGCUGCCGGCACUGGCGAUGACGUAGAUGAAUGCGAUUUCACACAAGCCGGCAAUGUCAAUAGCGGCGCUGGAGGCGCUAUGGAUAAACUGGAAAUGCGCAAAAAUAUUAACAAUCGUCAUUCCAAUGAAUCGGGCUUCGUCUCCAUGACGUCGGUGCGCACCUCAGCGCAGAGCGUUUCGAAACGUUCAUCAGAUUGUGGUUUUCAGUCAUCUACCAAGUCUAGUUCUAACUCAGAAAUCGCUUUUGAUGCCAUUGAAUCGUCGAGUAGUGGGGAAUUUCACACGCAAACACAAGAGUUCCACCAGCAAACGACGUGCUUAUCCAUGACGAACACGAUAUCGUCUACAAUGAUGACUACGUCGAACAGCAUCAUGAAUAAUAUGUCCACAUUGGCGCACGAUGCGCGCUCAAUUAGCAAUACGAGCAGCGUGAGUCCCGAUCACUAUGAGAGCGGCGGACUUGUAACGGAACGUUCAGUUCACACCACCAGCAGCGCUAGUCAUGUGCAAUCGUCGUUUUCGUCGCUGGUGAAGGCUAAUAGCUUGGACACUACUUCAUCUUCGGAUGGUGGCAUGGGUUCGCAUAGUGAUCUAGUGCCGCCAGCAUUGCCGCCCAAAACGAGUCGUAGCAAGGAUGCACGCAUAUUUUCUCAAUAUGACAAUUUCGAUGAAAUCGAAGAUAACAAUAGCGAAUUAGCCGAGCUUCGUCCCCACCAUCACUAUAACAGCAAUAGCUAUAGCCAGCAUAAUCAACACACGCUGCAACAACAUCAUAAUCAUCAUCAUCAAUAUCAGCAUCACGUGUCGCAGUGGCAGCAAACGAAACAUCAAAGUCUCAUCGAUUCACGACGUCUGGGCGGCGGUUUUGUCAGCAGUUGCACGACCAUGGGAAGUAUUGGUGUCGAUAUCAGUAGCAGUGGCGGUGGCGGUGGCACUGCGGAACAACCGCCGCCGCUACCCAUCAAGAAAAAGCACAUUUGGGCGUAUAUGGAGCUAUGUCAGGGUCCCAACCGGCCACUUGGACGCCAUACAAUGCAUAUGUACGAUUUGACGGGGAACAUCUCACACAGCCAAACAAUGAACAUUGUGCCACUACCAAAGGACUUAUCGCCACCGUCGGAGCAGGAAAUGCCGCCCGCACUCCCACCAAAGAACUACAAACAGCAACGCAAGUCGAGCGCCACACCGCCCACCAUAAUCACUACGCCACCGCCUAGUCCGAAACCCGCACAUUUGAGCGCCAGUGCAGAUGCUGAGAAUGGGCGGCCAGCGCGUGUGCUGUCCGCCACACAAGGCAGUGAAAUGAUGUCAACCGUCUGUGAAGAGCUUAGUGAUCUUACCGAAGAAGAGCAGGCGUCACUGCGCCACUCGCAUCAGUUGCCCAACGAGAAUUGUGGUAGCCAUAUGAGUCGUCGACAUUCACCACUGCGUCGAGCAGACACACACGAAGGUACGCACGGCUGUAGAUCUGAGAGCGCUGGAGAAGAUCAGCUGCUAGAGCAUAGUAACUUUGGUGAUGAUAAGUGUGGUGAAUUGCAAACGGUUUCACAGGAGGAGCUGCCAAAAAUGCUGGAGGAAAUUGAUGUGACCAAAUAUUUGGUGCUGAAGAGAAAAGACGAAGAUGGGCCGGAAGUGAAGGGCGGUUACGUUGAUGCAUUGAUCGUGCAUGCGAGUCGUGUGCAGAAUGACAAUGCUUUCAUUGAUGCCUUCAUCACGACGUUCCGCACCUUCAUACAGCCAAUCGAUGUGAUCGAGAAGCUAACACAUCGCUAUACGAUAUUCUUUUGUUGCCAAAAUGACCAAAAGCAACGAGUGGCCAGAGAGACAUUCUCGCUCCUAAUGAGAGUAGUGGAUGGUUUGACGUCCAUGGACCUGACAGAUCAGCUACUGUCGCUCAUCGUGGAAUUCAAUUACCAAUUGGUAUGCGCAGGCCAAUUAUAUUUAGCAAAAACAUUGCGCAGCAUAUUUGUGGAGAAGGUGACUUUGUUCCGAGAACAACGUUUGCCACCACCCAAAGCAGAUAUGCACAUCACAGUCACCAAUCAACCCAGUCUACUCGAUCUCAAAUCAGUGGAAAUUGCCGAGCAAAUGACGCUGCUGGAUGCUGAUCUAUUUCAGAAAAUCGAAAUACCUGAGGUAUUGCUCUUUGCCAAAGAGCAGAGCGAAGAGAAGUCGCCCAAUUUGAACAAGUUUACCGAGCACUUCAAUAAUAUGUCCUUUUGGGCACGUUCGAAAAUUCUUACUUUAUGUGAUGCCAAAGAACGUGAAAAGCAUGUUAUUAAAUUCAUAAAAAUUAUGAAGCAUUUGCGUAAAAUGAAUAAUUACAAUUCAUAUUUGGCAUUGUUGUCAGCGCUCGAUUCAGCGCCCAUUCGAAGACUGGAGUGGCAUAAGACUAUCACUCAAGACAUAAAAGAAUACUGUUUGCUGAUUGACUCCAGUUCCAGUUUUCGCGCGUAUCGAACAACAUUGGCUGCAACAAGUCCGCCGUGCAUUCCGUACAUUGGAUUGGUGCUGCAGGACUUAACAUUUGUACAUGUUGGCAACCCAGACUAUUUGAAAGAAGGUGUGGUUAAUUUCUCCAAACGUUGGCAGCAAUACCAUCUAAUAGAAAAUAUGAAGCGUUUCAAAAAAUGUGAGUACAAUUUCAAGCGCAACGAACGCAUUAUACGCUUCUUUGAUAACUUUGAGUAUGAAUUGGGAGAGGAAGAGAUGUGGCAAAUAUCAGAAAGCAUAAAGCCGCGUGGCAGGCGGCCUGUACAAGCCUAAAGUGCACAGAGUGUAAUCACAAAAUCCACAUAUCCUGAUAGAAUACUCAAUGAGACGGUAAAGAAUCAGCAGCAGAGAACCCACAUAAACAUAUUUGAGGUAUAUUUAUCAAGAACCUGUGCACAUUCGAGCCUGGAGCAUAGCAUUUAAAAAGCAGCAAACGAGCAAACAAAACAAAAUAAAAAACAUAAACAAAAAAAGAAACCAUAUUCACAGCUAUUAAAUAGUAAUUAAAUAUUUCAAAGCACAGUUAUAGAUUACACCACUUGCUAUCAUAAUCACAUAGUGAUAAUCAGCAUCAUGCACUCAUUGAAAGCACCUACACAAUUCAAUGCAUCAAAAAAAGCAAAAAAAAAAAUAAAAAAUACUUAAAAACUGUGAAAACUGAAAAUUUGCACAACAGUUUGAAAGUAGUGGUAACAUUAAAUAUAUUAGCAAAGUCAUAAUGAAAAAUUAAAUCAGCAAAAAAUAAACUAGGAAAUAUAUAUAUGCAUAUAUUAAAUCAAUCGAUGGAACAACAACAAGGCAAGAAACCAAAACCAAACCAAAAUGCACCGACACAAACACAACGAAGUUAUAUGUAUGUAUGCAUGUUUUUGUACACCCAAUCAGUUUUAUGUGAAGAUAUUUAAUUGUCUCUUAACUGCAAUGGCCAAUCUAUAAGACGAUGGUGCUUCAACUAAACAAGCAAUCAACGUGUAUGUUUUUAUUAUUGUAAAGCAACUACAAAUCAACGAUUAAUAUUUGAACCGUCAAACACUUUAUUAAGAAAAUGUGAGGGCGACCGCUUAGCGACCCAUAACGAAAGAACUUUAAAAGUUAGCUUUAGGUUUUAUGAAAGUUGUAACUAUGACUGUUGAGAAUUAUCUACCUAUUUAAUUUGAAUGCCAAUUGGUUUUGCUGCUUUAAUGAGCCUUUAAUGAAAGUCAUAGCUAAUGAUUGCGGAAUUACAGUUUAAGCUAUCAUUUAAAUUGAAGUAAAUGUCAAAAGUCUUCACAAAAAUAUCAAACAAUCUAAAAUCAAAGAGUGGUGUUUUGUGAGCAACUCAACUACAAUUUUUUUGUGCUAACUAAAUUUAAAAAAUCUCACACGCAACAAAGUCAUGUAUGUGGUUUGAAUCGAAAUUAUGACUUGACUGUUUGCUUAAGGAGAAACACCACUGUGAACGCGUGAAAAUUAAGUGAUUUACAUGAAUUUUUUUUUAUAAGUAGGGAUGAUUAUUUGAGGAUCAGACAAAUUAUAAUUUAUUCAACAUAUAUUCAACUAUACUGACACAAAUUUUUAUUAAAAAAUAUUAAAAAUUACAAUUGUUAUUAAUAUUAAUGCAAGGACGUCAUACAAAAUUGAUGCACCCUGGUGGCUACGAUACAGCGGUGAAAAAUCGUUUGAAAGCAAAAAACGAAAAAAAUUCUUUAUCUAUACAUCAAUGGCUAUCGUCGUACGUGGCGGUUUUUUUUUUAUUUUUUAGAAAAUGGUGCAGGUUUAAAAAAAAGAGAUUGUAUUUUUACCCUUUUUUUUGUUUUCGAAAGGUUUGAAAAAAUAUUAAUAUUUGGAAUUAAAAAAAGGCUAUGUACGACUGUAGCCAGCCAAUACAUGUAGAAAAAUUAAAAAAAAAAUUAAAAUCGGUUCAUAAGUCUUCGAGAAAUCGAGGGCCCCGUGUUCAGAAAAGUCGUUUUGAGAAAAACGCGUUUAAAAUUUUCAUUGGCCUUCGUAACUCACUACCUGCACUUAUUGUAUUGGGUAUAACUUCGUCGAUUUUCAUGAUUUUAAGUUAAUUUUUUUUACAUAUUUUUGAAUAUAUCUACUUUAAGAAAAUCCAAAAAAAAAUCGAUUUUUUUGAAAAAUCAUAGUGGUGUUCCCCCUUAAUAUUUUCCUUCAUGUAGAUUCAAACAGUAUUGCUUGUAUGUCAAAUUGAAAUUAUAUUUUAAAAGCAGAUUUAGUUUUGUAUCAAUAAUUUGUUAUAAUUUAAUCAAAAUAAUUAUUUAAAUAAAAUAGAAAUUUAAUGUACAACUUUUUAAAGCGCACUAAAAUACAAUAAAAUAAUCUCUUCUAGGCCCAUAUAAAUUCUUAAACGCAUAAGGGAAAUAUUUGAUUGUGAAUUUUGAAUAACUUUAGAUUUCAAUCCGUAAACGUCAACGCAAGUUGUUAGCAAUCUUAUUGCACUUCACUUGUUAUAAAGUACGAAGCAGUGUGAGCUUUCGCAAUAAGUGUCAAGAGUGUUAGAAAACUAGGUUAGGUUAGGUUGAUCUGACGGGCUGAAAGCCGUCACAUAGACCUAUGGGUCCUUAGUGUUACUAGAUGGAGUUUGACCCUUACGUUUCCUUGUAGUAGGCCUCUUUUAAUAAGCCUGCGUCUUUUGCGAGCCUAAGUAAGCUAUCAAGCUCUAACUCGAGAGACAUUCUAACUUCUCAUAUUGUAGAGCUCCAAAACAUUUCAUUCGGGUUCUAGCUAAUGCCAGGCAGGAACAUAGAAGGUGUUUAAGAAGUUCCCUCACUUCUAGUUCAUUGCAAAAUCUCCAGCUGUCAUUGUUUGCAAUUCCCAUUUUGUAAAAGGACAUAUUUACGAUUUCUAAUUGAAAUAUUAUUGUCAAUGUUUUAUAGUAGAAUUUCGCGCGGUUUUAUUAUUAUUUUUUUUUUAACAUUCUAAGCCAGUAGCUUCUGUAUUUACAGGAGACACUUUUUUAGAAAAAAUGCAAAAAAGUUCAAUUUGAGAAUAAAGUGUUUAAUGAAAAUGUUUGUCAAAAAAUUUCAACAUGGGCUACCGAAAACAAGACAUCAAUAAAAGCGUUUUUUUCCUAAUUGGUAAAAUACUCGCUAGAAUUCCACUACUAAACAAAACUGAAAUGUGUUGAACUGUAACUUUAUUCUUCCAAACUGGUACUGUCAGCAUUAUGUGGUAACUUUUCUUUCCAAAAAUGCUUUAGAAAAUUGUUAUUAGGAAGAAAUAAAAUCUUUUAUUAAACUAUUGUUCCAAUUUGCUCUUACUAUCAGGUGUUUGUUUUUUUAGCUACGUGAGAACUAUCGAUAUCCAUAACUGUGGUCUGGCAGCUGAGAAUGGCAAAAAUAGUUGCCAAAAAUUCAUCAGCUAAACAUCAAAACUUUUGAUUCCAACAACAACAAUUUGUAGACAUGUGUUAUUGCUUAUUAUAAAAUGUAAUAUUGAGUUUAGACAUCCUUUACUCCAAUACGAGUUGAAAGAAAGAAAUAUAGAUAGAAAUAAAAUAAAAUAAUUCAAAUUUCGCAUGCGUAUUGCUGCCAUAAUUUUUUGCAACCUCAGUAGACGUCGCUUAAGGAUUUACGCAAGGCGCAAUUAUUAAAGGUGGUGGCACUAGACCAACAACAAUGUUUUGUACGUUUCAUUGUCACGGCAAAGUAUUCUAAAAAUAGAAAACAAAAAAUUAAUUCACCUUGUCUUAUUCUGUGCUGACAUGGACACAGCGAAAGAAAAAACAAAAACAAAUCAGCUAAUUUACCAACACCGCCUUUAAUAGAUUCGCCUUGGAUUCACCACAGCUGUCUAUUACCAGCAGCGAAAUGCGCAAUUAAAUGAACUAUUGGUUUUCUUUGCCUUUACUUCAUGCCAUGAAUAAUAAAUAAACGAGCCAAAAAUGCUAAAUUAUUCUAUCAAACCAAUUUCUAUGAAGAAAAUCUUGUCAAAACAGUUGUUGUUGUUGUUGUAGCAGCAUAAACAUUCCCCGUGCAUAUACGAGGAAUGCUGCUGAAGUGACAGUCCUUGGCCGGAUAUAAAUCCGGGUCGUUCCGGUUACGUAGAACCGACUGUCGUGGGAACGCUGUCAAAACAGUCUUGAUUGUAAAUUUUGCAGCUAAUCUGCCAUAUGUGAAUGGGUACAUUCAUUCUUGUUUAUUUAUUGCUAAUCACCGCAUAUGGGAACGUUCUUUAACAAUCGAUUUAUUACAAUAUUCAAGCCCCCAUUGACGCCAUACGGCUAGAUUUAUUAGAAAAAGUUGACAAACAUUGGACUAAUCGAAUAACUCGUAGCCGCGGCAGAUAUUUGCCGGAUAUCAUACUCAAAAAAUAAAUGCCAUGAAAUUAUCUACAAGAUUAUAAUUAAAAAAAUCCAAAUAAUAUCUAUUAUGCAUUAUCCUUUUAAGUUCUCAUGUUCGUGAAAAAACACCCGAUACUAUCUGGAAGCAUGUGCUAAUUGGCUGAAAAUUACUACUCUUGUAUUUAUAAUAAACUAUUAGUUGCGUUAUGCAAGGUUAUGAAAUUUUAAUUCUCUGCUUCUCUUUGUACAUACAUAGGUACAUAUACAUACAUAUAUAUAAUAAUGAAUUAAAACAAAAAACAACUCUGCAUCCACAGCCAGAUUGUAUAGCAAAAUGCAUGCAUGCAAAUUCAUGUAGCAAUAACAAUGCACUUAGCACUUCCAGAAGAGAAACAAAACUAACUGUUUUGUACAUAUUUAACAGAUGUACCAUAUGUAAGUGUGUAUGUAUGUUCGGUGAGUUACUGCAGUUAAAUGCUCUAAAUACAGAUUGUAUAUAAUUUUUUUAAGCUACUACAAAAUUUCAAAAACCUUUUUGUACGCCUUUGCCAGAUAUGACGUUUAUAUUGAAUUUACAUAAUUUUUUAAGUCGAUAGCUAAACACAAAAAGCUUGCGCACACACAACAACUUCACCGCAAGCACUGCUAAAACUACUAAUACACUAAACUAUGGUAAAUGAAUAUAAAGAAGACUGUCCUAGGGUAUAAAUUAAAUAAUUGUACUGCAUCGUAUUGUGCUAGUUUGUUAUUGCUUUGCUGAUGUAACCAAAAAGCAUAGCAUGGCAUGGCAUGGCACGGUGAGUAAAGCUACAUUGUAAUGCAGUAUUUGCAAUGUUGGUAUUGUUAAUGCGAGUUAAUGUUUAUGAAAAGCAUAGAAAAUGAAGUGUUAAUUUUUUUCGUUAAGCGCAAAAAAAGGAAAACAAAUACAUUGGCAUGCAAUAACAAAACAAAAACACUGGUAAAAUGCAUUUUGUAUACCUACAUAUUUGUUUAAGUGAAAUUUCUGCAAUGAAAAUAUUUUAUUUAUGUUAAAUCUAUUUAAGUUGCAUGUUUUUGUAUAUUAAUUUCUAACUAUGCAUAAAUAAAAUAUAUGUAAAAAUUAUGUAAAACAUAGAACAUAACAUGUAUGUAUAUGUAUGUAAUAAGUAAAUAACGCUAUUGCAAGUCGAGCCAUCAUAGCUGUCCCUUUCCUUCAAUCAUUUCUGAAAAAUAAGAAGUAUAUUUUCGAUUGUCUUAACUAAUUGUUGUAAAAACGCUUAUGUGCCUAAUAGAGUAAAUACAAAAACAAAAACAAAACUUUACUAUACUUUAAUUCCAUUGCUAUAUGAAAUGUACUUGUACUCUAUUUAUCACCAAAUAUAAUGCGUAUGUACGUACAUAUCGCCCAUUUUUUUCAAUUUUCGUCAUAAACCAGAAAAACAAUUUUGUUUAGAUACAGCGUACAGAAAUUAGGUAUGUUCAUGUAAAAAUUAACCAGUAACUUAAUUUCCGAGAAUGCCGCCCCAAAGAGAAAAAUAUCAAGAGAAGUACAUGAAUGCAAACCAGUAAGAAUUUUCAAGUUUUACAUACAGCUAACUAAGUUGUUGGUGUUAUAAACCACAAAAAUUGAAAAAGUAUGCAGUCAAGCUACCUGGUGUUAAGGGGUUAUAUACAGUUAGAAGGCCGAAAAAAAGUGAAUUUUCUAGAAUUUUUUCUGAGAAAA